AUGAAAGGAAUCUGUCCAACUUGCCAUAAAUUAAUAAAUAUAAAAAAGGAUGGCCAUCUUUACAAACAUGGCCCUACAACCCUCCCUUGCUCAGGCUCUAACACACUUUGCACAAAACUUAUAGAACCCCCAAUAAAUACCAAACACAUACAAGUAAAUUACAAAUCACUAGAAGAAUUUAUCUUUAUUAAUAAAUCACCAACAAUUAAGCACAUCCCAACCAGUGUUAACUACCUUAUCACAGACCAUCUCACCAAAUUAUUUGAUAAUAUUAACUCAGAUUUGUCAAACACAAAUCAUUGGAAUAAUCUAUUCACUUUCCCUUUUAAAUGUCUCUCAAUCCCAAAAGAUAAAAAAUCUAUUUCACUACCUAACAUUAUAAAAGACAGACUUAAAAAUAUAGAUUACUUAACACCUCUUGAACACAUCAAAUAUCCCAAUAAUUCCAAUGAAAGUUUCAUUAAAACCUGUGACAAAAUUUCCAAAAAAAUAAAUGAAGGUGACGUCUGCGGAGCCCAAAAAUUAAUCUCCUCACAAUCAAAACUAGCCCCAUCUAAUGAUGCGACUCUUGAAAACCUAAAAUCUCUCCAUCCACGAGCUUCUUAUACUAGCUUACCAAAUCCUCCGCCAAAUAUUCCUCCUCUCACAAUAUCAAACCAAGAUAUACGUGACACUAUAAACGAAUUUAAUAAAUUUUCAGCAGCAGGUCCUGACGGCUAUAGACCAUCCUACUUCCAAACAUUCCUAAAAUCUCCCAAUUCAAAUAGUUUUUUUAACUCACUUACAUCCUUCCUCAAUAAUAUAAUCACUAGAGAUAUCCCCACAUUAGCUCAUCAAAUAAUAUUUGGAGCUAACUUGAUUGCAUUUGAAAAGCCGAAAGGUGGUAUCCGCCCAAUAGCUAUCGGUUCUUUCUUCAGACGCCUGAUUACUAAAAUCAUCGCAAAAAAAAUAAAAACCGUUACUCAUUCCCUGCUUGGCAAUUACCAAUUAGGCUGCGGAACAAAAGGAGGCGUAGAUAUAGCCUCUCACUGUCUCCGAAUCUACCUACAACAUCCUCCUUUAAACUCCGUUCUUUGCAAAAUUGAUUUCAAAAACGCCUUCAAUACUAUAUCCCGUUCCUCUGCUCUCGAAUCGUUUUACGAUAAUUUCCCCCAAUACUCGCGCAUAGUUGACAUUUGGUAUUCCAAUAGCACUCCCCUCAUUUUCAAUGGUUACGUUAUAUACUCAGAAGAGGGUGUUCAGCAGGGCGACCCCCUAGGCCCUAUACUUUUCUGCUUAGCCAUCCAUAAUAUGAUGAAAGAUCUCAAAUCUGAUUUUGAUCUAGACCUUAAUUUAUGGUACCUAGACGAUGGCACUCUCUGCGGUAACCAACACCAAAUAAGCAAAGCCCUCUUCCACCUCGAAAGAGAAUGCCCCAAAAUAGGCCUAGAGUUAAACAAAACCAAAAUAGAAAUCUGCAUACUCAACCCCGAGAUUCCCCUAGAUUCAUUUAAAGAUUACAAUAUUAUCGAAAUCGACGAUAUCCAACUCUUGGGCUCCCCACUACUAAAUAAUAAAAUCUCGGAAAAAACUAUCGAUAAAACCUUCUUCGAGUUGCAAAACUUGGAAAAGUUCAUCAAUCAUAUCCCAUCGCACCAACUUUUUUAUCUAUUAAAAAAGUGCCUAUAUUUACCUAAAAUUUCACACCUCUUCCACUCAUCCUCCUCAUUUACCUCCUCAGAAUUUUUCACCAAGCAUAAUAUUCGCUUAAAGACCUUAAUGGAAAGGAUCCUUAAUCUUCCACUAUCAGACUUUAAUUGGCACCUUGCUCAAUUACCCGCUAAACUAGGCGGUAUCGACCUAAUCCCCUUAGAAUUACUCUCCCUAUCUCUUUUUAUCUCUAAUCGCCUUUCGCUCAAUUCCGCGAUCUCAUCUUUUAUAACUCCCAAUGACGAUCUCUUAACAGUAGCAAUCGAAAAAUGGAAUCUACUAACCCCAGACGAUCAAACAUUCCCAACCGAAAUUUCUAAUAAAUCAAUCUUGGAACCCCUUAUAAAGAAACUUCAAAAUAAUCUUAACCCCUCCGAUAUUAGCGAUAUUCAACUACUUCAAUUAAACGAUAAAUAUGGCGGAUAUGAAUGGCUCGAGGCACUUCCUAGCCUAACCCUUGAUAAUCUCUUAACCAAUGACCAACUGAGAGUUACCAUAGGAUUCAGACUAGGAUGCUCGCUAACACAUUUACACACUUGCCACCUUUGCAACCUUCCCGUACAACCAAACGCAAGACACGGCCUAAACUGCUCCCGUAGCCAAGGUCGCCACCUCCGGCAUAAAGCUAUAAAUAAAAUCAUCCAUAACGCUCUUAAUAAAGCUAAAAUUCCUAACAUUCUAGAACCUACAAACCUCUCUCUACAAGAUGGCCUCAGACCUGACGGUCUAACCUGCAUCCCUUGGUCCAAUGGGAAAUCCCUAAUCUGGGACGCUACCUGUGUCUCUUCCUUUCCCUCAUCAAUUAAUUCAAAUCCUCUUACUAAUGGCGAAAAUAAAAAAAUCAAUAAAUACUCAAUAUUAAAUAAUUUUAUUUUUCAACCCAUAGUCAUCUCAACUAAUGGUAAUUUCUCCCAAUCAACAUAUUCUUUUUUAAAAAUUUUAGCACGUAAAAUUUUUAACAUAACAAACGAAAAACGCGAGUCAACCUUCCUAAAACAAAAAAUACAAUUAGAAAAUUUUUAA